AUGUCGGACUACUACCGGCAAAUAUCAUCGGCAAAAGAUACCUAUGAACGUAUCGCGAUGGAAGCCGGGAAUAAGGCGAACGGAAGCACAGUGACCCUGUUGAUCAAGGCAAUCCUAGGAGGAUGGAUGGUGGGCCUAGGAGGAUACGCAGCCUCAGUUAUCGCCUCACUGUACUACGUACCCAAUACGAGUAACGCAACGGCGAAGACAGCAUUCGCUAUCGUUUUCCCAGUGGCGCUCAUGAGCAUCCUCUUCACGGGCUCAGACCUCUACACGGGCAACACAAUGUGCUUCACAUUCGCACUGUUCAACAAGAAAAUCAACGCACUCACGUACGUGCUGAAGCUGAUGGUGUCAAUAGCAGGAAACUUCGUGGGAACAAGUCUGGCAGCGCUGGUGCUGACAGGAGGAACGGGACACUUCAUGAAGGACACGGGAGCAGGAGCAGAGUACAUGGUCUCACUCGCAAGAGCGAAGACCAGCCUGCCCUUCUGGAGAGUGAUGCUCUCAGCAGUGGGCUGCAACUCGCUGGUGUGCCUGGCAGUGUGGAUGUUCUACUGCUCGUACGACUCCGGGGGCGCAUGCCUGAACAUCCUGGGGCACAUCGGAGCAUUCGCAGUAGCAGGACUGGAACACAUCAUAGCAAACUUCUACAUCCUGAACGCAGCGCUGCUGUCAAGAUCAGGAAUAACCUUCGUGGACGUGUACGUGCACAACUUCAUACCGACCUGGCUGGGAAACACGAUCGCAGGAGUCUUCGUCCUGGGAGUACCAAUGUCACUCCUCUACAAUCAGCCCUCCAAGGAAGGAACGCUCGAAUACUCAAGAAGCCUGAGGUCGAUGCAAAGAACGACCAGCGCAGACAUUGUGAUUAACACCACGGGAACAUACAGCCACGAGAGAUUAGGAGUAGAAAGGGUAAGCAAAUGUUAUCUCCGACUAAAGACGUCGGAACACGAAGAUUUAUUGUCACCAGUACUAGGUGGAAGCUAA